AGGUUUUUUCGAUCUGUUAAAGCGACAAACUAUUUAUUUAAUCGAUGAAAAAUCACUAAUCAGUAUUCACGGAACGUCGUUUGAGAUAUUACCAGUCUAUUGUUUACUACAUUCUCAUAUGGUAAACACCGAGAUAAAAAUAAUAAUAGGUUAUCAACAUAAUACGAAAAAUGAUAGUUAAAAGUCAGUAGAAUUUAAAAUGUUAUCAAGUAACAAUGUGAUUAGGUGCUGGAUUUUGAUAAUUAGCUUUAUAUCACUGGCAUGGUUAUGUCCAGCCGCAAGGAUUCUGGGAAUAUUUCCUGUUCCUGGAAGAAGCCACUAUAUUUUAGAAAGCACCCUAAUGAAAGCACUGGCUAACGCAGGUCACGAUGUCACAAUAGUGUCGCCAUUUGGGGAAAAGUAUCAGUCAGAGAAGGGUUCCUACAGAGAAAUUGUUUUAACUGGAUUUUUGGAAGCACAUGCUGAAAGGAGAAAAGCUGUAAAUCUUUUUGAAAGACCAUCUAUUAAUCCAUUGUUGGCUAUAUACAUAAUGAACAAGAUUGGUUUAAAACUAACGGAAAAUACGUUUAAACAUGAGAAUAUGCAAAAGUUGAUGAAUUCUGGGGAGAAAUUCGAUGCAGUCAUCGUGGGACAAUUCUUAAACGACGCUCUUAAAGCACUUGCCUAUCAUUUUGAGGGACACUUAAUAUUAUUUAGUUCUGUUGGCACAAGUACUUGGGUAAACCAUCUCGUUGGUAAUCCAUCUUUACCAUCAUAUACGCCAGAAAUGCUUAUGAGUUUUCCAGCAAGAAUGACCUAUAUUCAGCGAUAAAACGUCCUAUUCAACACAAUUUACAAUAUAAAUCAAUUGAUUUUGUUUUAUCCACAGCAAAAUCAACUCUUAAAGAAGUACAUUUCAGACGACAUCGAUUUACACGAUGCUUUAUUCAAUGUUUCUUUGGUACUGUUAAAUAGUCACGAAAGUGUUUCAUUUCCAUCUUCUUCCGUACCAUGCAUGAAGCUUAUAGGAGGUUUUCACGUUAAACCGCCUAAAAAGCUUCCUACAGAUUUACAAGAAUUUUUAGAUAAUUCUACGCAAGGGGUUGUUUAUUUCAGCAUGGGUUCUAAUGUUAAUAGUAAAGAUAUGCCUAAAAAUUUGAAAUCCAGUAUCUUGAAAGCUUUUUCAAAUUUAAAAGAAAAUGUUUUGUGGAAGUAUGAGGACCAAACGUUAACCGAUUUGCCAAAAAAUGUGAAAAUAGGAAAAUGGUUUCCACAACAAGACAUAUUGGCACAUCCCAAUGUCAAAUUAUUUAUUACACACUCGGGAUACGCUAGCACCAUUGAAACCGUAUAUCAUGGCGUACCAAUCAUAGCCAUCCCCAUAUUUGGAGACCAAGCCAUGAACGCUGUGCAUGCAGAAACUAAAGGUUUCGGAAUCUAUUUGCCCUGGCAUAAAAUUACAGAACAAAGCUUUAUUACAACUAUACGUGAAGUGAUUGAUAAUCCUAAAUUUAAAGAAGUAGCCAUGCAAAAAUCGGUACUAAUGAGAGACAGAGAGACUGCACCUUUAGAGAGCGCCAUCUACUGGAUAGAGUAUAUUUUAAGACAUGAUGGAGCUCAUCAUUUACGAGUAUCUUCGUUAGAACUAUCUUGGUAUCAGUAUUAUAUGUUAGAUAUUUAUGCGCCAUUGGCAGUUUUUAUUUACGUCCUCUAUUUUGUAGUGAAAAAAUUCUUAAUGUUACUAUUUUUUAGGGUAAAACAAAAAGUAAAAAUUUUGUAACAUAUCGUGCAAAAAUGCUAUUUAUUAUAUAAUUGUUAUACAGGCAAACUGUAAAUAUGUAUUUUUUGUAUUAAAAUUUGUGAUGUUGAUAAGUAUGUUCAUUUAGUAAACUA